AUGGCACUGGCCCGAGCUAAGGCACACCUGAGACCGCUACGGCCCGGGAGCCGCGGCGGAGCGAGAACCGCAGCCGCAGCACCUAAAGCUGCCGGCUCUGCGGGGCGAAACCGGUUCGGAGAUAAGGAAACUGAGCCGGGGCCCCCGGUGCGGCUCUUCACCGAGGAGGAGCUGGCCCACUACGGCGGGGAGGAGGAGGAUCAGCCCAUCUACAUGGCAGUGAAAGGAGUGGUGUUUGAUGUCACUUCUGGAAAGGAGUUUUAUGGACGAGGAGCCCCCUACAAUGCCUUGACGGGGAAGGACUCCACCAGAGGGGUGGCCAAGAUGUCCCUCGAUCCUGCAGACCUCACCCAUGACACUACGGGCCUCACGGCCGAGGAGCUGAAAUCCCUGGACGACGUCUUCACCAAAGUGUACAAAGCCAAAUAUCCCAUCGUGGGCUACACGGCCCGGAGGAUACUCAACGAGGACGGCAGCCCCAACCUGGACUUCAAGCCUGAAGACCAGCCCCAUUUCGACACAAGAGAUGAGUUCUGAUGUUCCAUCGGUGGGAGUGUGUUCCUGAUUGGGGGGAGUGGGGUGGGCAGGGAGAACCCCAGCUGCCAAACGUCCUGCGAACAGAUUGCCCUAGCCUCUGGGCACCCGGAACUGAAUAAAGCAGACGUUGAACUGGGAACCCUGAA